CCCCCCUAUCCCCCCAACGGUCCAAUUCUCCUUCCCACCAUUUCUGCAAUUAGCUUGUAACUUGAGGAAACUCAAAAAUGGCGAGCACAAAUCCCAACGAUAUCUUCUCUUCUCUCAUCUCCGACAUCAAAUCUUACUCCGGCAACGAUCCUCUUUUUCCUUGGCUCAGUGGAGUUCGAAAACUGCGACAGACAUUACCAAUUCAUCUUCUCAAAGAGAAACUUCCUCGAUUUCUUCAAAAAUGCGCACAAACUUUCGAUUCUGAUCGUCGUUACCGUAACGACCUCCGAUAUCUUCGUAUUUGGCUUCAAUUGAUGGAUUAUGUGGAUGAUCCAAAGGCGUUAUUGCGGACUAUGGAGAUGAAAAAAAUUGGGGUAAAAAGGUGUUUGUUUUACCAGGCUUAUGCGCUUUAUUAUGAGAAGAUUAAGAAGUUUGAUGAAGCUGAAAAAAUGUACCGUUUGGGAGUUCAGAACUUUGCAGAACCUUUAGAUGAAUUGCAGAAAUCAUAUGAACAGUUUAUUCAACGCAUUGAGCGGCAUAAAAACAAGAGAGUUCAGCGUGAGAAGAGGAGAACUAAGAGACCUCUGUGUGAUCAAAAUACCACAUCCCAAAAUUGCAGUUCUAAGGAGAACAAUGAAAAUUUGUGCAAGGUUGAUGGAAGUUCUGAUAUAUCCUUGCUUAAGGUAUCUUCCAUCGAGAAAGAGUCUGUGAAUAACAAGAACAUAUUAACAGAAAAUUCUCAAAAUCUGAUGCCACUAAAUGAAGCAAAAAAAGGAGCUGAAAGCAAGUUAUAUCGAGAUGAUUCUGUCGUGGCCAGGUUUGUGGAUUCUGCAAUUGUUGGAAGGUCUGGAGCAGAGGAUGCUUGUCACCACGGUCUGGUGGAACCUACCAUAAACAUGAAAGAGGCCAUGAAUGACAUUAAUAGCAUGUUCAGAGAACCCAUUGAGCCUGCAAAGGCUGUUCGGAGAUCAUAUAAAGGGAAACCCAAGGUACAUCAGAGCACAAGCAAUGUACUUGAGGUGUUUAAUGAUGAAAAUCCAUGCAAUACAGUCAAAUCGACAUGCCAAAAAGACGAAGAAGACUUUAUAGUGCCACAGAACAAACCAGAACAGCCUCUUCAAGAACCAUUUAAGAUAUUUGUUGAUGAUGAAUUAAGCAAUGAUUUGGAACCGAGUGAGACUCAGACAUCAGCAGAAGGCUCCCCAUCAUCUUCUUCUGGAGUUGAGUCAUUCGUAUUUCUAAGGCCACAAGAUAACCAAGAGUCUUCCAAUGAGAUGAAAAUAGAGAAAUCAUCCAGAAGGACUAGAACCAAAUUCAGAGAAGACACAGUUGUUUGCAGAUUUGUGGGCUCAGCCAUUCUUGAUGAACCAGAGGUGGAGAAUAUCUGCCACCAUGGCUUGGUGGAUCCAACUGUGAAUCUUAAAGAAGCUAUGGAAGAUAUAAAUGACAUGUUUGGUAAGCCAAUAGAUUUUGUCAGGACCACCAGGAGGAAAAGGCAGGAAAAAGCAAUCGCCUCAGGGAAAAAUGAUUUUGGUGGGUUUACCAUACUUGCUGAUGAUGAAUUCAAUAGUCAGGAAGGUCCACAACCUCCACAAAAAUCACCAAGCAAGAAAAAUCAAGAGUUAUAUGAGCCAACCGUCUUCACAAAAGAAGCUAUGGAUGAUAUAAAUGACCUCUUCAAGAUGCCUCUCGACUUUUAGACAUGAUACUUGUAUUGCUUCUUUUUAGGUGGCAAAAAAUAUUUUUGUUGUUGUUGUAUGCGGUAAGCUCUGCUGUUUUCCUUCCAUGAGUGGUCAAAUUUGAAAUCAAUAUAUCAAAAUCCUGUUGAUUUCUAUUCAUCAAUUCAUAAAUUUGAUUUACCAUA